ACCAUGGAAAUAUCCAGUCCGGAGCUGGGAGAACCGUAAAACAUCGGACUGACUUUAUUUUUAAUUGGAAAAACAUUUUAUACACUCGUCGAGCACUCGCACGUGACUUUUUCCUGAGUGGUGUUCACCUGUCGAGGAUGGAAAACUGACGGCCUUUCUCAUGUCGGAGGCUAGCUGCUCGGUCUGAAGGUGCAGGAUGAAAAGAUGGCAGAGCUGCUUGUACCACCAUGUCCAGACAGCUUCCGCCGCUUUACUGUUGAGUCCCUCAGUGCCAUCGAGACACGGAUUUCCGAAGAGAAAGCCAAGAAGCCCAAGGGAGAGAAGGAAAAACGCAACGAUGACAUUAAACCCAAACCGAGCCGCGACCUGGAGGCGGGCAAAACGCUCCCUCUUCUGUAUGGGGACAUUCCAAAGGGAAUGGUGUCGACCCCACUGGAGGAUCUGGAUCCCUUCUACUCUAAUCAGGCAACUUUCAUAGUAUUAAACAAAGGAAAGCUCAUUUUUCGCUUCAAUGCCGCUCCUGCCUUGUACUUCCUGAGCCCCUUUAACAUUCUUAGAAGAAUAUCAAUCUCAAUCUUGGUACACUGGCUGUUCAGCACGGUGAUCAUGUGCACUAUCAUCACCAACUGUGUAUUUAUGACACUCAGUCAACCACCAGAUUGGGCAAAGAAUGUCGAGUACACCUUUACUGCAAUCUAUACCACUGAAUUCCUGGUUAAAGUUUUAGCUCGGGGGUUCUGUAUCGGGAAGUUCACCUUUCUAAGAGAUCCCUGGAACUGGCUGGAUUUCUGUGUCAUUGUCAUGGCGUAUGUCACUGAGUUCGCAGACCUUGGCGGCAAUUUUUCAGCUCUGCGCACGUUCAGAGUGCUUAGAGCGUUCAAAGCCAUUUCAGUCAUCCCAGGCUUGAAGACCAUCGUUGGUGCAUUGUUCCAGUCUGUGAAGAAGCUCACUGAUGUGAUGAUCCUCACAGUCUUCUGCUUGAGCGUCUUUGCCCUAGUAGGGUUACAGCUUUUUAUGGGUCAUCUACAGCAGAAGUGCGUACGUAACUACACCACUGAAGGACUCGCAAAGAUGAAUAUCACCGAAAAUGAAUAUCUUUUGAACAAAGAAAAUUAUUAUUACCUGAAAGACAAACGAGAUCCAUUGCUUUGUGGAAACAGUAGUGGAGCGGGGCAGUGUCCAGAGGGCUUCAUUUGCCUCAGAGCAGGCGACAACCCAGACUAUAACUACACCAGCUUUGACUCAUUUGGUUGGGCCUUCCUUGCUCUGUUUAGACUGAUGACACAAGAUUACUGGGAGAACCUUUACCAGCAGACUUUGCGGGUAUCUGGGAAAGCCUACAUGAUCUUUUUUGUGCUGGUGAUAUUCCUGGGCUCCUUCUACCUGAUCAACCUGAUCUUGGCUGUAGUCGCUAUGGCCUAUGAGGAGCAGAGCCAAGCCACCAUAAAAGAAGCUAAAGAGAAAGAGGAGGAGUAUCAAGCCAUGCUUGAGCAGCUAAAACGGCAGCAAGAGGAGGCACAGGCAACAAUAGCUGCAGCCUCAACAGAGGGUCAGGUCAGUGGCAAAGGCGGUGGCAUGGAGAGUUCUUCUGACGGUUCCAAGCUCAGCUCAAAAAGUGCCAAAGAGAGAUGCAAUAGGCGAAGAAAACGAAAGGAGGAGGAGGGAAAAGGAACUGAGGAAAAGUUACCUAGAUCUGAGUCACAGGACAGUUUAAGGAGGGCUCGCUUUCGCUUCUCUGUGGAGGCAAACCUGCUCAACUAUGACAUGAAGUGCUCCUCUGCACAUCAGGAUGACACUACUGACACAGAGUAUAGACAGGGCAGUGAUGGAACAUACCUGGAUUGUAUGGACCUCCUUGAGGGCCCAAUGACCAGAGAGAGAGCUCAAAGUAUAGCUAGUAUUAUAACCAACACAAUGGAGGAGCUCGAAGAGUCAAGGCAGAAGUGUCCUCCUUGCUGGAAUAAAUUUGCCGAAAGAUUUCUCAUCUGGGAAUUUUGUCCAGCGUGGCUGAAAUUCAAGAAGGUAGUUAAGAUAAUUGUGAUGGACCCUUUUGUGGACAUGCUCAUCACCAUCUGCAUUGUACUUAACACACUGUUCAUGGCCAUGGAACAUUAUCCAAUGAGUGGGAACUUCCGGGAAAUGCUGGGUGCGGGCAAUCUGGUAUUCACUGUCAUCUUCACGGCUGAAAUGGUCCUCAAGAUCAUUGCUUUGGACCCAUAUUAUUACUUUCAGAAGGGCUGGAAUAUUUUUGACGGAGUCAUUGUCGCUUUGAGCUUGUUGGACCUUUCUAUCAAAAGUAAGGUUGCCAGACCGUGCAGAUUGCUGAGGGUCUUCAAGUUGGCUAAAUCUUGGCCUACUCUUAACACACUGAUCAAAAUAAUUGGUAAUUCAGUUGGGGCUUUGGGCAACCUGACUCUGGUGCUGGCCAUUAUUGUCUUCAUCUUUGCUGUGGUGGGAAUGCAGCUGUUUGGAAAAAAAUACAAGGACUGUGUGUGUAAAAUCUCAGACGACUGCACUCUGCCUCGGUGGCACAUGAGUGACUUCUUCCAUUCAUUCCUCAUUGUGUUCCGAGUACUUUGUGGAGAGUGGAUAGAGACCAUGUGGGACUGUAUGCAGGUGUCUGGGAUUACCAUGUGCAUCAUUGUCUACAUGAUGGUCAUGGUUAUUGGAAACCUUGUGGUGCUGAACCUGUUCCUUGCCCUGCUGCUGAGUUCAUUCAGUGCCGACAACCUGGCAGCCGUUCCGGGGGAAGAUGAAAACAAUAUGAAAGCUGCCAUUGCGCGGAUUCAACAAGGCUUCACCUUUCUCAAGUCUUUGAUUCAAAGCAGAUGCAACAUUGUCUGUCUCAGGGAUAAGAAGAAAAAGAAGGGUGAGGAUAAAUCUCCGGAUGAGCUCCACAAACCUAUUGGUCCGAAUGGUAUCCCCCUGAUCCCCAACCAUACCAUCAAAGACUUUCCGAGGAAUGGCAAUGGUGAUGUGAGCGGAGUGGAUAAAGCUGGGGACAAGUACAUAGUCAGCAGCAAGAGUGACGAUUCCAUAAUGUCUUUCAUCAACAAUCCUAGCCUGACUGUCACUGUUCCUAUUGCUGUGGGAGAGUCUGACUUUGAAAAUCUCAACACGGAGGACUUCAGCAGUGUCUCAUCUGAUGCAGCAGCGUGCCAUGUGAUAAUAGAAGAUGAUGGGCAGUUCAGCUGCUCUGAGGGGAGCACAGUGGACGGUCAACCUCCUGCAGAGGGAGGAGGCUCUAUAGACUUUGAAUUUGAUGAAGCUAUGGACCCUGAUGCCUGCUUUCCUGCUGGCUGUGUGCAAAGGUUCUCAUGUUGUCAAGUAAAUGUGGAUGUGGGCUGGUGGAAGGUGUGGUGGGUGCUACGAAAGACCUGCUAUCGAAUAGUGGAGCACAACUGGUUUGAGAGUUUCAUCAUCUUCAUGAUCCUGCUUAGCAGCGGGGCUCUUGCAUUCGAAGACGUCUACAUUGAGCAGAGAAAGACCAUCAAAAUAAUGUUGGAGUUUGCAGACAAAAUCUUCACCUACAUUUUCAUUCUGGAGAUGUUGCUGAAGUGGGUGGCAUACGGAUUUGCAAAGUAUUUCACAAAUGCCUGGUGCUGGUUGGACUUCCUCAUUGUUGAUGUCUCUCUGGUCAGUCUGAUAGCUAACGCCUUAAAGCUUUCUGACCUUGGUCCCAUCAAGUCUCUGCGAACCCUGCGAGCUCUGAGGCCCCUGAGAGCCCUGUCACGAUUUGAGGGCAUGAGGGUGGUGGUCAACGCCCUGCUGGGAGCCAUUCCGUCGAUCUUCAACGUGCUACUGGUGUGUCUCAUCUUCUGGCUCAUCUUCAGCAUCAUGGGAGUCAACUUCUUUUCGGGGAGGUUCUACAGUUGUUUCAACAAAACCACAAAUUUGCCUUUUCCCACUUCAGUUGUGAGAAACAAAACUGAUUGUACAGCUCUUGGUGACGAUAACGCUCAGUGGAGGAAUUUCAGAAUCAACUUUGACAAUGUUGGCAUGGGUUACGUUGCAUUGUUGCAAGUGGCCACAUUCAAGGGCUGGACGGACAUCAUGUAUGCUGCUAUAGACUCUCAAAAAGAACCAGAGCAACAACCAGAAUAUGAGAUAAACCUGUUUAUGUACUUAUAUUUUGUUGUUUUCAUCAUUUUCGGAGCCUUUUUUACACUCAAUCUCUUCAUUGGCGUCAUCAUAGACAAUUUCAAUCAACAAAAGAAAAAGUUAGGGGGUCAAGACAUUUUUAUGACUGAAGAACAGAAAAAAUAUUACAAUGCCAUGAAAAAACUUGGGUCAAAGAAACCACAAAAACCAAUUCCAAGACCAUCUAACAAGAUUCAAGGUUACAUCUUUGACUUCACCACAAAACAAGCAUUUGAUAUUGUAAUCAUGUUUUUAAUAUGGCUUAAUAUGGUUGCCAUGAUGGUGGAAACUUCCUACGACCAGGAACACAAGAACUCUGUGAGGGCCGUCACUCUCUACUGGAUUAAUGCAGUAUUCAUCAUUAUCUUCAGUAUAGAGUGUUUGUUGAAGAUGAUUUCGCUUCGCCAGUACUUUUUCACAAACGGCUGGAAUAUAUUCGACUUCAUUGUUGUCAUACUGUCAAUCAUUGGUUUGUUUCUCUCAGAAGUGAUAGAGAAGUAUUUUGUUUCACCAACCUUGUUCAGAGUCAUCCGACUUGCUCGUAUUGGUCGUGUUCUCCGCCUAAUUAAAAGUGCCAAAGGAAUCCGCACCCUGCUGUUUGCUUUGAUGAUGUCCCUUCCAGCUUUGUUCAACAUCGGCCUCUUGCUGUUCUUGGUGAUGUUUAUCUAUGCCAUCUUUGGCAUGUCCAGAUUUGCGUAUGUCAAGAGGGAAAGGGGUAUUGAUGACCUUUUCAAUUUUGAGACAUUUGGCAACAGCAUGAUCUGUUUGUUCCAGAUCACCACCUCGGCAGGGUGGGACGGCCUGCUAUAUCCCAUUCUCAACACGGAUGACUGUAGCACAACCAUACAGAAUCCUGGAAGUACUGUUAGGGGGAACUGUGGAAGUCCUGGUGUGGGAAUUGCAUUCUUUGUAAGCUACAUCAUCAUCUGUUUCCUUAUUGUGGUGAACAUGUACAUUGCAGUCAUCCUGGAAAACUUUGGUGUGGCCACUGAGGAGAGUGCUGACCCACUAAGUGAGGAUGAUUUUGAAAUGUUUUAUGAGGUCUGGGAACGGUUUGAUCCUCGUGCAACACAAUUUGUGGAGUACAAUAAGCUUUCAGAUUUUGCAGAUGCUCUGGAACCACCUUUACGUAUUGCCAAGCCUAAUAAGCUUGAACUCAUGUCUAUGGAUCUACCCAUGGUGAGUGGUGAACGAAUUCACUGCUUGGACGUCCUGUUUGCAUUCACAAAACGUGUUCUAGGUGAGGGUGGGGAGAUGGACAUUCUAAGGGGGCAGAUGGAGGAGCGUUUCAUGGCCUCCAAUCCUUCCAAAGUGUCCUACGAACCCAUCACCACCACCCUCCGUCGCAAACAGGAGGAUAUCUCGGCUGCUGUCAUCCAGAGAGCAUACAGACGUUAUGCAAGAAAUUGUUUGGAAAAAGACAGUGAGCUGUCUGACACAUCCACCUCUGACAAUCAAAUGGAUGAAAAGCCCACUGAGAAAGACGAUCUUGUAACAGACAAGCUUAAAGAAUUUCCUACUGCUGAUGGACAUGAACUGACACCUUCAGCGGCCUCUGAGGCUUUGUCUGACAGUGUGACACCAAAUGGAAGACACAAAUAUGAAAAAGAUGAAAGCGAAAAAGAAGUUAUGAGCAAAGAUGUCAGUGAGCAAGAUAAAUAGAAGGAUGCUGGAGAUGCAACAAAGACAUUUUGAAUAAUGAUAAAAUGUUUACAACCUAUAAAAGUGAUUGAGACAUCCACUGGACUCCCUUUCUUUGCGUGGAUAUCAACUACGCCAAACUGACUGCGCUUACUUGAGUCUCGUGGUCGGUGCCUAAAAAGUAGUUCAUUGGGGCAUCGGAGCUGGAACCUUUUGGAUGUGUUCAGGAGCAAAUGGAUGGGCAACAUCAUUCAAAGUGUUCUGAAAGACAAUUGUUAAUGCUUUAACUUCUAUUGCAGCUAGUUCUGCUAUCCACUUUAUUGAAUUAUUGUUAUAUCACUAACUGUUGUGUUAUUUAAUCUAAUCUCUAGGAAGGGAAUCAACCAUUUAAUGUUAUUUAACAAAUCUUUGUUUAAAUAAUUGACUUUUUAUAAAUUUUUUACUCUUCAAAAGGGUGUUGUUCCUUCAGGCACAGUCUUGACAAUAAGCAGUACUGCUUUUGAGGUCACAUUGUAGAAUUUAGGGGGCUUUAUUUGCAAAAAUUGAAUAUAAUAGUCACGAUUAUGUUUUUAUUAGUUUAUAAUAACUAUAAUAUAUAACCAUAACUUGUUGUGUUUUCCUUAAUUAAUAAUGGGCCCUUCAUAUCUCCAUAGGGAGCGGGUUCUCUUAUAUAUGGUGAUCUAUUACCUUCCAGACAGUAACAGUGGGUGAAUGGUCAGGAAAAGGAAUUCAGAUGGCUGCAAGAUGCAAAUUCACCACUAGAUGCCAUUAAAUUUUGCACAGUGGUCCUUUAAGGCUAGUCUUGGCAACUCAUAGCGCUUAGAAUGUUUGGCAAAUCCAAGAAACAAUGUUACAGUUGCAGUUCAUUAGAGGUUAGACCUGUAGACUUGCAUGAAUGUUUCUCCAUGACUAUGCAUGCUAGAUUAACCAUGCUGUCUCCCAGUCCAUUUUAUGAAUUUCAGCUGUUUUUGAUGGUGUUCAUUCAUAAUGAAUAUGAAAUCAUGGAAUGUGCGAAAGAAUUCAUGUUCAUUACCCUUGAUAUAAAACCAAAUAACCUAUAAUGUCCAUGUUUUGCUAUAAUCGGGCAGUGUGAUCGGGCAAUUUUCUUAAUAAGACAAAGCCCUGUGUUAGAUUACUUGUUGUGUUAUAGGACGUUCUGUUCGAGCUGCUUUUCUAAUGUUUAAAUGCAUUUUUUUGUUAAAAAGUAUGGCUGGAAAUGAGAUAGUUGAUAUUUUAUGUUGGAUGUGCUUUGUGAACUGUUUUCACAAUUCACCUCUCAAUCUUUAUCAUGAUAAAUAUCUAAGAUGGAUGAACAAUGGAUCAGAAUAACCUGAAUGAUCUCAAGGAUUUGGCAUGACACAUCUCAUGUGCCCUUGUCUAAUUCCGACUUCUGUUUACAUUUUAUAAUGUUGUGUUGCUCUCGUUGGUUCAUUCACUUCCCAUGGCAUCCACCCUGAACUGUGUCACAUUUACAUCUGUCGUUCUAUGUCACAAACGUAUAAUUCCACUAAUGUAAUUGCAUAUUGCAUGUAAUUAAAAUGUUCAAUAUUUAAACUAUACUUUAUUCAUGAUUAAAUAUUUUUUGAUUACAUUAACAUCAUUUAUAUGCAUAAUGCUUGUAGUAUAUGAAUAAAUAGCAUGCAAGACACUGCUAUUACCCAUUUCUCUGAAAAGCUAAAUGAAUAAAGAUUACAUGUAUGUCAAGUAUGCCUGCAACAUUCAUUCCGAUUCAUUCAGAUACAUAUAUAUAUGUACAUUGGUCAUUUGCACCAGUUGUUGUGUCUUACCAAAUUUGCCAUUACAUCUGGGGAAAAAAAACAUUUUUUUGGUUCUGUUUUAUUUUACAAAUACUAAAUUCACCCAUGAUUUUUGUUCAAACACUAAUGUGAUGCACUGAAACGAUAUUUUUGCUAUCAAUAUAUAUUUUUAUUCAUAUAUUUGAGAACUUAUUGGGGUUGCUUUAUUUUGUCCACAGCGGUUUCUAUAAUGAAGAACAAGGAAGAAGUGCAGUGCACAGAGAGAGCGCCUGUGGUUUGAAUGGCACAAGGAGCAAAAAUGUAUUACAAUUCUUAUUUAUUUUCUGCUAACCUGAAAUCCCUUGAGACAUCCCACACAGGAAUGAUUAAUGUCAUGUUGACUCUACUUUACCACGUGCUGUUUAAUUAUCUUGUGAAUAUGUUUGGUUUUGCAUAUUUUUUUAGAAUGAUGAGAAACACAUUUUACUUACUGUCUCUUUUGUAUGAACUUGUCUGAUGAUGCUAUAUGCUAAAGUGAUAUUAAUAUAUCUCACAAGAUAUA